AUGCUAGACGUGUUAGUCUACGACCCAUUAAGCUGUGAAGAAUUUGAGGAAGGCUGGUUGAAUAUGCUUGAUCAGUUUGAAUUGCGAGAUCAUGAUUGGUUGAGUGGACUCUAUGAAGAGAGAAGUCGUUGGGUACCAUGCUUCCUAAACACUAAAUUUUGGGCAGACUUCUUUGAAGCUUUUUGUAGAGCAAUAGCGUUGAGAAGUAAAGUGGAGAAAGAAUUUCAGGCUGAUUUCAGAUCAUUUUUGCAAAUGAUUCCAUGUGUCACUAAGUACGAUAUGGAGAAACAAUUUCAAGAUCUGUACAUUAUCACGAAAUUUAGAGAGUUCCAACAAGAGUUCACGGGAAAGGUCUACUGUGAUGUCUUAUCUGCGACAGACUAUCCCGAGGGAACUAAGUAUGAAAUACGUGAGAAUAUCAUUCUUAGUGGAGGAAUGAAGAAAAGAAUAUUUAUAGUGAAAUUCCUUAGAGACAGUUCUGAGGUUGAGUGCAAUUGUCAUUUGUUUGAGUUUCAAGGUAUCAUUUGCAAACACUCAAUAUCAGUUUUAAUUUGGAAUGACAUACGGCUUCCUGAGAAAUAUGUCCUGCGAAGAUGGAGGCGAGAUGUUAGUCAACCAUAUAUGCGGGUCCCAGUGACAUACGAUAGUUUGGUUUGUACAGCUGACCAAUUAAGGACGAGAGGUUGUGUCUCGCUUUUAUGA